CCUCCCUGUACCUGAUCUCGAGGUCCCCCAACUCCUCCAUGGCUCUUUACUCCACCACUGCAAUUGCCCCUCGUUCGAAACUCUCUCACCUCUCCCCAAUCCUCAACAAAAACCCUAACCCUAGAAAACCCUACCUCCUCCUCUCCUCCACCUCCAAUUUCCCCAAUUUCUCACUCUUUUUUGCUCCUUCAUCUCACAAUCUAUCUUGGAGAGCUCGAUCGCCGGCGAUGGCCAUGGCUGAAUCCUAUGGAAGGGAGCUCGCCGCCGCGAAGAAGGCUGCUUCGCUUGCCGCUCGUCUUUGUCAAACCGUGCAAAAGGAGAUUUUGAAAUCGGACGUUCAAUCGAAAUCUGAUAAGAGCCCUGUGACUGUAGCUGAUUAUGGUUCGCAAGCGCUAGUCAGUCUUGUUUUGAGGAAGGAACUUUCUUCAGAUUCUUUUUCAUUGGUAGCUGAAGAGGAUUCAGGAGACCUGCGGAAAGAUGGUGCUAAAGAAACAUUGAAACGCAUCACGAAACUCGUCAAUGAUACUCUAUCCGCAGAUGGUACAUAUGACAUUUCGUUAUCUGAUGAUGAUGUACUUGAUGCCAUUGAUAGUGGCAAAUCUGAAGGAGGUCCUGAUGGACGACAUUGGGUAUUGGAUCCUAUAGAUGGCACAAAAGGGUUUCUGAGAGGAGACCAGUAUGCAAUAGCCCUUGCUUUGCUUGACAAAGGAAAAGUAGUGUUGGGUGUCCUUGCAUGUCCAAAUCUUCCUCUAACAUCAAUUGCUGAUUCUAACAAAAACACUCACGAAAGCCAAGUUGGUUGUCUUUUCUCUGCUAAAAUCGGCACAGGAUCAUAUAUGCAGUCACUGGAUGGUUCAGCUCCUACAAAGGUGCAUGUUAGCAAUGUUGAGAAUCCAGCUGAUGCAUCAUUCUUCGAGUCCUUUGAAGCUGCUCAUUCCCUGCAUGAUUUAUCUAGCUCUAUAGCUACGAAACUUGGUGUGCAAGCGCCACCUGUAAGAAUUGAUAGCCAAGCAAAAUACGGUGCUCUGGCACGAGGAGAUGGAGCCAUUUAUUUACGGUUCCCACAUAAAGGCUACCGUGAGAAAAUAUGGGACCAUGCAGCUGGUUGCAUUGUAGUCACAGAAGCUGGUGGAAUAGCGACUGACGCUGCAGGAAACGAUUUGGAUUUCUCAAAAGGGAGGUUUCUCGAUCUCGAUACAGGAAUUAUUGUCACCAACAAGAAGCUAAUGCCAUCGCUCUUGAAUGCAGUACAAGCUUCUCUCAAGGAACAAGCGCAAACUGCUUCACCUUUGUAAUCAAUUUUCUUCGCGAAACAUUUCUUCAGGCUCUUAUAUCUAGAAUUUUAGAGUCAAUCUCGUUCUCUUUUUGUCUAAUAAUGAAUUUGGUAUUUUUUGCCCCCACAUUUAUGUUGUAUUAUGUGGAUGAUCAUUUUUGUUUGGCUCUUUGAAGACUGAUUACUCAAAAUUAUGUGUUCCUGUCAUCUUUUGUUA